AAAUAAGAAGAAGAAUCAAUAAAAAUGGCGGAUUUUUCUUAUUGAAGACAGACGCAUUUUUCUUCUUCUGAAAUUGUAACUAUAUACAUAGGAAAUAAUUGGAAAACGAUAAAAUCAUCCUAUAUGACAUAAAGGGAUAUAAACAAUGAAGGUUACUAAAAGUGAUAUAUCAUUGGAACUUGAGUGCUGGGUUGAAGAAUUGUCGCCGGCCCAGCUUGCAGCCUACGAAAAAGUGGCCAACGAGCAUAAUGCCAUUAAAAAUGCUUUAAAAAGCGCCCUUACGGCAAAUGAAGGCAAGGAGUUGUUUAAUGGACAAGUGUUCCAGGCAUAUUCAUUCAAAGGGAAAGUGUUGCAGGAAUUAAAGGAGGCCACUAUACCAAAGAAACCUCUGAAGACUGAAACCACUCCCAGUAGUACAAAUGACAAAUCCUUUACGCGUUCUGGACGAAAAAGGGCACCGAAUUUUGUUUAUUUGGAGUCUUCCGACGAGGAGGAAGACGAUGUGCCAUUGGCGAAGAGAAUCGCAACAGCCAAUGCAAAGGGCGGAAAGGGGGCUAGUGUAGAUUCGACGAAGAGUGUCAAAAAAGGAGACAGCAAGAAAGACUUGGUGACACCUGGUAAGGGUGUUGUCAAAGGGACGAAGGAGAACAAAGCCAAGACUGUAAAGACAGAAGAAACUUCUCCGCCUGCUCCGAAUUUCAGACCAUCGGAAGAUUCUGCUGUCGGUGGACUAAUUGUUGGUUCCGACAAUAAAGAUGGCAAAGGUUCAAAGGAGAACAAAGACGGAAAGUUGCAAGGCAAAACAUUUCCAUCCUUGGUUGUUUUGGCUAAACCAUGGCUUAAAGUCAAAGACAUGUCAGCAACUCGCAACAAGUUGGAUUCCAAAGUUAAGUUGGUGCUAAUGUUGACUCCCAAUAAAUUCACGGAGUGGUUGAUCCAAGAAGGUCUUCUGAAAGCAGAACAAAAAUGUGCGAACCAUAAAAACAAUGAUCUGAAAUUAGGUGUUUAUUCGGACGCUUCAAAAUUUCCAUACACUGGCGGAUAUGUCUGGAUUAGUGAAUGUUGCCCAACAAGAUUCGUUUCGGUCUUUCAUGGCUCAAUAUUUGAAAGUGCACCCCAUCCACCCUCUUGUAUACUCAAACUUAUAUACCAUUGGGCAUGCCAGACAAAUAUCCAGAAUGUUGUACAAUGGGUAAAGGUGGACAAUGUGUAUAUAAAAGGGGUGUACACCUGGCUACGUGCUAUAUGCACAUUGGCUGUGCAUCAAAAAUGCAAAAAAUUAGGUGGACCGGAUAAGUUUGUUGAAGUUGGGGUCAUUUCGUUCGGUACGACAUCACAAGAUGGGCAGCAACGCCAAUUAAAAGUAGAAGUUUUGGGCGUCUUAGACUAUGCAGAAAAAACCAUUAGACUUCGAGCGGUGGAACCCCUCUCGGAUUCCGACCGCAAUUACAAGAAACGUUUUCAAGUUAUAUUGGAGCCUCUUCAGCGCUGGGUCCACAAGGAUAGUACUAUAUGCAUUGACUUGACUGUGGACAAAAUGACAUUGUAUUCGAUGGGAUUCAAAAAUGUAGUUCAAGCCGCGGCAGCAGAUAAUUCGGCGAAGCAUACAAACUCGGCGGUUAUGGACUAUUUGAGACGCAUAGUUCCUCGCAUGUUCCAGAAUACGUUGUCAUUGCUCUCGAGGCAAAUGAUUCAACAGUUCCUCGACGAAUUAGUGUGGCGUGAACAGUUUGGCACAUAUGCCCUACAGGCCUUCAACAAUAUCACAAGCCACAUUGCUGAACAAACCCGCAUAAACUGCAAUGAAUCCCUGACCCAGCGAUUGUAUCACGUAGCCACAAAUCCCUUCAAAGACUGGAGUGUCCUGCCGGCCAAUGCCAAGGAAAUCCCGGCCAACACGACACCCAAAAGAUUGAAGAAACCAAUUAACGAAGCGGAUUAUGUUAACAGCGAAAAGGUGAAUGUUAAGAACAUCAAAAAAGAGAAGGAUGAUGACAUAGGAUCGUCAACUUCGGGCAAUAAUGGUAAAAAGGGAUCUGCAAAGAAGGAUGAGUACAAAAAGACAGGAUCUGGUAAAACGACCUCGCUGACAACUAAAGGAGGUGCGUCUAUAAUCGGUACGAAAAAAGAAUCUUCGUCAGUGGGUAAGAAACCGUCCGUGGAUGGUGCUAAACCGACAAAAAAGGAGAAGGAAGAUGAUGAACUAAAGGGCCUCGAAGAAAUGUACUAUGGCAUUUUGGAUGGACAAGAGAAAUUUUACGAGGAAUUCCCAAUGAAACCUAUCACAAAAAUGGAAGAAGGUACAAUGGCGAUUUAUGCAACGCACGUUGAGUGCCCCAUAUGUGACACGGCUACUACAUUCGAUUCCAACGAAAAGCUUCAAACUCAUUUAGUAUCCCAUCUCAAUAUUGAUGGGAAGAAUCACAACUUACAGUGUCUCUUUUGCUUGGAGAAAAUGGACUCCGAAUCCGUAUUGGCCAAGCACAAUAGCAUUAUGCAUCCGGAGGAAACAAAAAGCUCAAAUUCAGCAUCAUAUCGAUGCCUUAUAUGUUUCAACCGUUUCAAUUCUCUGAAUUUCUUGACAUCUCAUUUGCAAAAUAAGCACUCCAUGCUGGAGCUGCCGUAUCACUGUCAAGCUUGUGGGUACAGAACAUCUUCGCACAGGGAUGCAAUUCGCCAUUACUAUGAUGACCACAAGCACCACAAUUUCCUACAAUGUCCACAUUGUUUGGAUAUAUAUCGCUUUGCUUAUAAGGGCCAGAUCAAUCAGAGCAACAUUGAAAACUAUUAUAUGCACUUGCGGCAGCACAUGGGUAAAAAAGAUCCCAAUCUCAAAUGCUCGAAAUGUUCUUUGACUUUCUUGGACAAAGGUGCUUUAAGACAACAUAUCUCUAACCACCACUCCAGUCUGUGGAAAAAUUCAUCUCAUGUCCGCAAACUUUUAAAAAAUUCGAUGCUUAUUCAGCCACCCAAGGUCCGUAGCCACCACAAGGAACCCUUGCCGUAUACUAUACAGUCUAAAUUAGGGGAAUUUUACGCCUUCAUUGAUGGCUCCAUAUGCGCCGAGUGUAAUACGGAAAUUAUCAGUGAGCAUCAUUUUAUCGGAAAUUUGAAGUGCAAUAAAUGCAAUUACAAGACUUCGUGUGAGCGAGCCAUGUUCCAACAUACCAGUGACUGCAACGGCGGCAAUGGUACAAAGGAUAUAAUGGAAAUGCCACUGCCCAAUGAAAUGCAUUGCAUAUGUGGAUUUUCCACGGCCAAUGGAAACAACAUGGCUUAUCAUUUAGCCACUUGCGGUCAGAAGUCGGCAUAUCCGACUUUGCAAAUGGCGCAAGAGAACACCGUUAAACGUAACAUGCUUGACAUGCUUGGCUUGGUUAAGAGAGAUGGUGAAACAGGUGGAGAUUUAGAUGGAGAUCAAGCUGCUGCUAGCUCUUUUACGACCGGUAAUGUUGAUGGUAAUGAUAUUUCCGAGCACCAAUCCCGGCUUGAUAAUCGCACAAGUGAUGGCAACUUGCAACAUUCGGAUGAUGCCAUGGACACCCAGUCAUCUUCAUUGGCCCCAGACCAAACUCCCAUACCAUUUGGUCAAAUCGACGCAACUCCUGUUGACCAACAACAACAACAACAACAGACGUCACAACAUUAUGGACAAAUAGUUGAUAACAGUAGCCACUUGCAAGCUGCUGCUCAGCAGCAGUACCACAUGGGCUUUGGUCAAAGCGAGGUCGCACCACAUACGUUAAAUGCAGCCGACAUUGAUAUGCCUUUAAUUGGUGAAUUAGCCGAUCCCAAUCCCCCGCGAACCCCCCAAUUUCUAGGAGAGGUUCAUACGCCCAUGUUUGACCCAGCUGCUGCAGCUGACCAGCACUACCAUCAAAUGAUGCAGCAGCAUCAUCACUUGCAGCCGCAUCACCAGCAACAAUGAAAAUGACCCAAAAAUGUCAGGGAGCGUCUUCCCUGGCAGUACUACUAAAAUUGAACUUUUUACGUCGGUGUGCAUUUUAUUGAUAGAUAAA